AUGAUCGGAUCGAUAGCCAUACCUAUCAUACAACAAGUGGUAAGCGACGAUGCUGCAUUCACAUGGAGCGUAAUAUUAUCAUUGAUAUUCCCCACUUACAGUAUCGCUAACAUCUUCACAGCUGUCUACAAUAAUGAGUUUGGUAGACAAGCUUGCGCAAUGCUCGACUGCUCCUCUCCAAUCUUUCAUAAUAGUGCUCAAUGUUGCGGUGACCCUAAAGGUAUGUCUGAGUGA